AUGGCCGGCGACGAUGAACAACCACCAUUGCCGCCACCUAAAAGGGAGAUGAAUUCACCUUUUUUUCUCGGCACAGGAGACCGACCAGGCGACUUCAUCACUCCCACUCGUUUACGCGGCGACAAUUACGAUGAUUGGGCUUCCGAUAUUCAGUUGGCAUUGGAGGCACGCCGCAAGUUUGAAUUUUUGGAAGGCACUAUCACCGGACCACAACCUCCAUAUACCCAAUCUGAUUGGAACACCGUCAAUGCAAUGUUGGUUUCUUGGAUUACAAACACAAUCGAUCCCGAGGUAAAGAGUACUCUAUCUAAAUUUCGUGAUGCAAAACGCUUAUGGGAGCAUCUUAAGCAACGAUAUGCUAUGGUUAAUGGCCCAAGAAUUCAACAGUUAAAGACUUCAAUUGCUAAGUGUGAGCAACCGAAAUCUAUGUCUGUUACAACUUACUAUGGCAAAUUGAAUGUAUUAUGGGAGGAAUUAUUUAAGCAUGAACCGCUAAUCUCUUGCACUUGUUGUUCGUCUUGUACUGCCGCAUCAUUGCACCAAGCAAGACGUGAACAAGGAAAAUUACAUGAUUUCUUGAUGGGACUCAACACUGAUCUGUACGCUCAAUUACGAACCAAUAUCCUUUCUCAAGAUCCCUUGCCUUCGCUUGAUCGAGCGUACCAACUGGUGAUACAAGAUGAGCGUGUGCGGCUCGCCAAGGCAGUCACAGAAGACAAGCCAGUAGAGGUCCUUGGCUUUGCUGUCCGUACAGGUGCUGGAAGAGGACGAGGAAAAAUGGAGAGGCCUGUGUGUAGCCACUGCAAGAAGACGGGGCACGAGACUUCAACUUGUUGGUCCCUCGUUGCUUGUCCUCACUAUCACAAGCAUGGCCAUGACAAAAAUAAUUGUUAUGAAAUAGUGGGUUAUCCUGAGGGGUGGUUGGAUCAAAACAAGGCUGAUGGGGGUGUUGGACGUAGUCGUCAGCAGGCUAGUCGUGGGCGUGGUUUAGCUCGUGCUAACGCGGCAAGUAGCACAGUUGGAGCAUCCUCUACUAAAAGUUCUACCGAUCAACUCUUCACACCCGAACAAUGGAAAGCUCUUGCGGGCUUAAUUGGUAAUGCUCAAGUUCCGGAUGUCAGGUUGAAUGGUAAGUUUGACACGAAGUCAUGGAUCAUUGACACCGGGGCAACUCAUCACGUGACCGGUGAUUUAUCUUGGUUAUUUGAUACUAUAGCGUUGUUUGAGUGUCCGGUUGGCCUUCCUAAUGGUGAAUCUGUUGUUGCGACCCAAUCCGGUUCCGACCACACCAGGGAGCUGAUUGGAACGGGAGUUAGGCGAGAUGGACUUUACUACUUUGGUGGAGCUGAAGGUGAUUCGGUACAACAUGUUUCUGUCCACAAUGCAGCAUCCACUUUGGAGUUGUGGCACAAAAGGAUGGGACAUCCUUCAGAGAAAGUAGUGAAGUUACUUCCUCCAAUCGACAAUUUUCUCAAACAGUGA